AUGGCCCAAUUUCUCUUAAUUACUGCGAAUGUCGGCUCCCUAUUCGAACCUGAUGGUAGAUUACACAGCUCGUGGAUUAAAACUAUUACGGAGAAAAUCGAAAAUGUAGACCCGUCAUUCCUCAUUAUCCACAUGCAAGAAACCGGUGGAAAGAAGUAUGCGGAAUGUUCGAAACAGGUGCCAGUGAUCAUUAGCAAAUUGACCAGUGUUCUCACGAAAUUCGAUCUUCUUCGCGCCUAUGUCGAUAUCGAAUACGAGGCUGUCGAAUAUACGGCAUUGGGAAUUUUGUGUUAUAUAAAGAAAAGCCUAUGGACCCAAGUUUAUCAAUACAAUUUCGCUACACAGAAAUAUGAACAAUUAACGAAGCCCACUGAAGUUGUAACAAAAGGAUUGGAAAACUAUCCAUAUGUAGUCAAGCAUAAAUUCCCAAAAGAAUUCUGGCCAUCUAUUAAAUGGGGUCGCAAGGGAUACAUGCAGACUAGGUGGAGGAUAAACAACAGGGUGUUUGAUUUCGUCAAUGCACAUCUAUUUCACGAUGAGUCCAACCUAGCCCUUAUUCAUGAAAACCCGGAACUCUACAGCCAAAAUCGCAAAAGAGCUAUGGAAUACAUUCUGGAGAAAAUGAUUGUUUCCGAGAAUGGGAACGCUCCAAUGCUGUUCAUUUUUGGAGAUCUGAACUUCAGACUUGAUUCUAGAAGUUUCUUAAAUCGUAUUACUGAGCGCACUCAAACUCAUCAUGUGGAUGACGAAGAGCAAAUGGGCUCUCUUGCCGAUGGACUAGAGGAUAAACAAAAAUCGGGAAGUCUUCACCCGUCAGACAAUUUAAGAAGAACUGUGUCCGCUAUCGAGUUCCGCCGUGAAUCUCUUAACGAUGAUAACAAAAGCUGCAUUCUUCGCAUAGAGAAAAAAAAGUUUGACUACUUUAACCACAAGAAACUUCUUGAUGAUUGGCGUUCGUAUCGCGAUGACGACAAGGAAGCACAAAGCUUCAAGGGCAUCUAUGAGAUGCCAAUUGAUUUUCCACCAACAUACCCAUGGAGCGAGGACCCGAAAGAUUCGGAGACGUUGAUGAAAACUCGUGCUCCGGCAUGGUGCGAUCGCGUCCUUAUGAAUUCCGCAGCUUUCGCUAUGGUCCAAAAAGGAAAUCCCGUAUAUCAAUCAUUUGGAAUGGAGACUUGUACUGGUGAUCACAAACCGGUCAUGUUGUCGUUCGUCUUAUAA